AUGAAAAGAAAACUGGUCUUUCUUCGUUCCUUGUUUAAAGUUAAACAUUGCUUGAUUGACGAUGAAGAGGAAACCGAAGCAUCCAGUCUUUCGACGAAAUCGGCUGCCUCGGUAUCUUUGCUUCUCGCUUUACGAAUGACAUUGGCCCGCGUCCAGUAUCUCCUGAUCCAAAGGCGAGUUGGAUCUCUUUUGUACGUCAACCACCAAAGGUAUCGUCGAAAAGGCCAAAGGUUAAACGAAGAAAGAAACCGAUGUCAUUAUCUAUCUCUCUCUCUCUCUCUCUCUAUCUAUCUAUCUAUCUAUCUAUCUAUCUCAGUCCUCUCAUAUCUAUCUAUUUCAGUCUUCUCAUAUCUAUCUAUCUAUCUAUCUAUCUAUCUAUCUAUCUAUCUAGCCGUUAUCUAUCUAGUUAGUCAUUAUCUAUCUAUCUAUCUAUCUAUCUAUCUCAGUCCUCUCAUAUCUAUCUAUUUCAUCAUUAUCUAUCUAUCUAUCUAUCUCAGUCCUCUCAUAUCUAUCUAUUUCAGUCUUCUCAUAUCUAUCUAUCUAUCUAUCUAUCUAUCUAUCUAUCUAUCUAGCCGUUAUCUAUCUAUCUUCUCAUAUCUAUCUAUCUAUCUAUCUAUCUAUCUAGUCGUUAUCUAUCUAGUUAGUCAUUAUCUAUCUAUCUAUCUAUCUAUCUAUCUCAGUCCUCUCAUAUAUAUCUAUUUCAGUCUUCUCAUAUCUAUCUAUCUAUCUAUCUCAGUCCUCUCAUAUCUAUCUAUCUAUUUCAGUCUUCUCAUAUCUAUCUAUCUAUCUAUCUAUCUAUCUAUCUAUCUAUCUAUCUAUCUCUGUCCUCUCAUAUCUAUCUAUCUAUUUCAGUCUUCUCAUAUCUAUCUAUCUAUCUAUCUAGUUAUUAUCUAUCUAUCUAUCUAUCUAUCUAUCUAUCUAUCUAUCUAUCAUUAUCUAUCUAUCUAUCUAUCUAUCUAUCUAUCUAUCUAUCUAUCUAUUACCUCCAUGUCUGUCUGUUCAUUAUCUAUUUAUCUAUCUAUUCAUUUCUCUUUUAUUAUAUCUUUGUCCACCCGUCUAUUUCAUUUUUUAAAUAUGUUUUGUUUAUUGUCACAGGACACCGAGAGACUACCCCCAUCACACGACCCCCGGGGAAGUUGGUUCUCAUUCGUUCGACACUCAGUUCGGGCAUCAAACAAGAAGUCAAAGAACAAGCGAAGGAAGAGGCCGCUGUUUGGCCCACCUGGACCUCCGGGUCCACCAGGUCCGCAAGGGUUGCCUGGUCCACCAGGCGCUGAAAUUACGAGGGAUGUGUUAAUGCAAGAGUUUGAAGAGCUUGUCAAAGCUGAGGCUGAGCGGAGGGCACAGCAAACGAUUACAGAAAGGUGUCCUGAAUGCAUGGGUCUGGCUAACUGGACCUACGUAAUGCCACCCGUUUCUGAUUUAGACGAAGUCUAUAUCAUUCCUCGCUUGACAGCCGGUUUCCACGUUCAGCUCCGUGUUGACAACGUUGUUUCACGCCGGACAUUCAUGGAGCUCAACAGUUUUCACCAGCCUUUUGGUGGUGGGACGUUCGAACGAGGGACGGUCUUCAAUGGACGAAAUGGUAGAUUCACUGCCCCAAGAUCCGGCAUCUACCACUUUUCUUCCAACUUGCAUAUUUCCAGAAAGCGUUCCAAGAAAUCGUUACGGCAAAAAGACAACAUUCGAGUGCAAAUCUGUAUAGAGUCUCUUUGUAAAAAGUACAGUUCACUCGAACACGUCGUCGGGCUUGAGAGUAACAGUAAAGUUUUUACUAUUAGUCUUUCUGGUCUGUUGUACCUCCAGCGCAGUCAAUACACAUCCAUCUACAUUGAUAAUUCGUCUCGAUGGUCGAUUGCAGUUCAAAGUGGAUCAGACUUCACAGGUUAUUUAGUAGCAAUUUAA